AUGGAAGCUGUUCCGAAUUCCUUCUCACUUGAAGCGGUUCCGCGGCCGAUUAGCAACCAGAGGUCGGCAAAUCCGCAGCCGGCAACACUCCUGCCCCCCGCCACCCCCAAUGCCACCGCCAACCUGCAACGGAAGCGCACCAAGUCCACCAAUAAGAUCGAUGCCGUUGGUGUCCCCCCGGGGUUUGAGCGGCCUCGUAAUCCCAACGAGGACAUUAUUUGGCUGACUGACACUUGUGGUGGUGAUUUCAAGAGCUGGGCCUAUGCACUUCAGGGCUCGACGACGGUCAUCUGUUUUUUUGCGACACACAUAAGGAGAGUAACGCCACCAUUUCCCGCACGAACUGGGAUUGCUCAGCUUACACCCGGCACGAGGCCUCCUACUCCCACAAAGCGGCUGUAG